AUAUACAAGGGAAAAAAAAGGAUGAUUUUUACCUUGAAAAAUAAGAAGAAAUCACCUUAUUUACCAUAGGAAUUCUUAAUUACUUUCUGUACAUAAAUUGUAAAUUUUAAAAUAAGAAAAAAAUCUAUCUUUCACAUAUCUUUUGAAAUGAGUACUCUUUUUUUCUCCUGGUGGUAAAGAAUUUCUCUCAUUUGAACAUUUCCCCCACUCUUUUUUUUUUUUUUCUGGUUUCAAUGUUCAUUCUUAGAUAGAAAACCACUGAAUUGAUAACCAUAGCAGCAAUAAACUCUUGUAUUAUGUUUCUGUUAGACAUUUAUCCUUAGAAAUGUGUUACUUAGCACUUCUUCAAAAGAGCUCCUACCUUGCCCCCAUACUUAUGUAUGUCUUCUGAUCCUCCAAGUUAGAAUAAAUUUAGAGAUGAAAAGGACCUCAAGGUCAGAGAGCCCAGCUCUUUUUAUUUUAGAGGCCCAAAAUUCCCAGAACCAGAAUUCAAACUCAAGUCUAAAUCCAGUGUGCUUUGCGCCAUACCACAUUGUCUCUUGAAGUCUGAUUUUCUCCUUCAUCCUUAAUCAGUUGCCAAAUCUGGCUGACCCUAACCCCAGAAUAUAUGUUAAUAUGUUUUCUCUUUUACAAUGCCCACCACCCAAAAAUCAGUCCAUAUUAUUCUGUAGCUGAAAUUCUGCAAAAGCCUUCUUCACUCGAAAAUCCAACCUUCACACAGUUAAUUAAUCUUAUCUGUGAAUUCUUUUUAUUGCUCUCUCGUCAAUAUGGGAUAAAAUAAAAUCACUAAUCCAGCACUUAGGGCCUUCUAUCAUUUGUUUCUGAACUAUCCUCCCAGUACUAUUUCACAAUGUAGCCAAAGUGGGUUACUAAUUGUUCCUCAAAGUCUUAUACUUACUUGUACCAAUAAAUUCAAACUACCAGAAAAAUGAAUAUAUGAAAAAAAAAAUUCACUAAGCACCUACUAUGUAUAAAGUGAUGUGCGUUUCUGAUGAAGACAGUCUGUCUGAAGACAAAAAUGAACUGAAGACACCCUCAUCACAUAUUAAGAGGAAAAAGCGGCGGCAUAGGACAGUUUUCACUGCUCACCAACUGGAAGAAUUGGAAAAGGCUUUUAAUGAGGCACAUUAUCCAGAUGUGUAUGCUAGGGAAAUGUUAGCUCUAAAAACUGAGCUUCCAGAAGACAGGAUACAGGUCUGGUUUCAAAAUAGAAGAGCCAAAUGGAGGAAGAAGGAAAAAUGUUGGGGUAGGAGCAGUGUCAUGGCAGAAUUUGGUCUUUAUGCUGCCAUGGUGAGACAUUCCAUACCACUUCCUGAAUCAAUCAUCAACUCUGCCAAGAGUGGGUUGGUGGGCUCCUGUGCUCCAUGGUUACUUGGAAUGCACAAAAAAUCCAUGGAUGUGAAAAGGAAAUCAGGUGAAGAAAAAAUAUCAGAAAACUGGGGUUAUAACCACUCAGAGGAAGACUUGAAGUCAAAGCAUGGAGAGCCCCAGUUGAGCUCUGAAAAAGUCAAUCUCCUGGACAGCUCAGAAGACAUUGCUAUUGAUCUCUCCAGGACAGCAAAAGAGGAGAAGAAAGCACACUGA